UCGACCUCCUCCUCUCUCUGGACCCUCUCUGGGGAUUAGGAUCUCUCUCUCUCUCUCCAAUCCUCGCCGUCCCUCCCUAGGGUUUCCUCCUCGUCGACCGCCCCUUCUCCGAGCCCUAGCCUCGCGCGGCAAAGGCCCCUCCCUCCGUCCCUCCCUCCGCCGCCAUGAUGCAGCAGCCGGUCCCCGGAGCCGUCCCCGACCAGCAGCAGCAGUACCAGCAGCAGCAGCAGCAGCAGUGGAUGAUGAUGCAGCAGGCCGCCCAGCCCGUGCCCCCGCCGGUGGGCUGGACCCCGCAGCCGGUCCCGCCGCCCAUGGCGGCCCAGUCGAUGGCCGGCGGCGCGGCGGCCGAGAUCAAGUCGCUCUGGAUCGGCGACCUGCAGCCUCACAUGGACGAGACCUAUCUCCUCAACUGCUUCGCCCACUCCGGGGAGGUUCUCUCAGCUAAGGUGAUUAGAAAUAAGCAGACUGCUCUGCCCGAGGGUUACGGUUUCAUUGAAUUUAUGACCCGUGCAGCAGCAGAGAGGAUUUUGCAGACGUACAAUGGCACAUUGAUGCCAAAUUCUGACCAGAAUUUCCGACUGAACUGGGCUACACUUGGUCCUGGUGAGAGGCGUCAAGAUGAGGGUCCUGACUAUACAAUUUUUGUUGGAGAUCUGGCUGCUGAUGUAACAGAUCACAUGCUACAGGAGACAUUUAGAGCUCACUAUCCAUCUGUGAAAGGUGCCAAAAUAGUUAUCGACAGGACAACUGGCCGUUCUAAGGGCUAUGGGUUUGUUAGGUUCGGCGAUGAGACUGAGCAGUUACGGGCCAUGACCGAAAUGAAUGGCAUGUAUUGUUCUUCUCGCCCCAUGAGGAUUGGGCCCGCUGCUAACAAGAAGCCUAUUGCUACCCAGCAAUAUCAGAGUGCAUCUUACCAGAACAGUCAAGGAAACCAAGGGGAGAAUGAUCCAAAUAAUACAACUAUAUUUGUCGGGGGUCUGGAUCCAAGUGUAUCAGAUGACCUUUUGAGGCAAGUAUUCAGUCAAUAUGGAGAGUUGCAUCAUGUGAAAAUUCCACCUGGCAAACGUUGCGGUUUUGUUCAAUUCACAAGCAGAGCUUGUGCUGAGCAAGCCUUGUUGAUGUUGAAUGGAACCCAGUUGGGAGGACAAAGCAUUCGACUGUCAUGGGGGCGGAGUCCCUCGAACAAGCAGGCUCAGCCGGAGCAGGCACAGUGGAAUGGUGGUGGAUAUUAUGGAUAUCCACAGGGAUAUGAAGCAUAUGGUUAUGCCCCUCCUACCCAGGACCCUAAUAUGUUCUAUGGAGGUUAUGCUGGGUAUAAUUAUCAGCAGCCUGUAACCUACCAGCAGCCACAGCAGUGAUGCUCCUCACAUGAUGGAAGUAUGAGCUGGCGACGUACCACCCUGCUGCAUUUUGGACUGCAGUUGUCUCGGAUUUAUGGCGGUGGUUGACCUAUGGAGAUGGUCUUCUGCUAUAAUUUACUAUGCAUUUAUGUUUUGUGCUUGUAUGUUGGAUUUUAUGACCGUUGUUUUCUAUGGAUAAGUGUGCUAAGAUGAGGCAGUUUACUGUUGACAUAUUCCCGAUAGUAAUGUUUAUUGCUUACAGAUUAUUGUGCAA